UCUGUCCGUUAUCGAAGGCCCCCCAGCUCUUAUUUUUGUUUACUUCUCAUAUUUUCAACUUUUAAGAAAAGAAGCCCUAUUUUUGUUCAGGAAAAAGUAUAAAUUAAUUAAUUGGACAACAUGGGCGCCUGUUUUUCAUGCUGCGGCCAGAGCGCCGAGGAGACUAAUCUGAUGCCCUCGCCUGAGGAGCGCCGGCAGCAGCAACUGGACGCGGCGGAGAAGCGUCGCCAGGAGAACGAGCAGCGUGGCAUCAAGAAUCCGGAGAGCGUACGUCGCCAGCAACAGAGGGCAGAGGAGCUGCAGCGACGCGAAGAAGAAGCCGCCCGUCAGGGUCAGGGACAGGCCAACCUGAGGUGGCAAACGAGCUAAGAUCCAAGGGACUAACUCCUCCGUUUUUUGUACUUGACUCCAACCUGUUUCCUGAUCUUUUUGUACUUGUAACUUGUCUUUGUUAUGGCCACCUGGAUGCACCGUCUCAGGGUUUUUCAGCCAGCGACCAAAAAUGUACAACCAAAAAAUAAAAACACACCAAAUUGUUAUCAGUGAAUAAUGAUUCGUGGCGGGAUUAGUCUAACUAAUUCCAAGAAUCUAAAAUCUACAUAUGCAUCUCUCGGUAUUUGUUAAUUGCUCGUCAUUUCUGUUGUUUAUUAAACUGUAUUUUAUGCUGUACAUAGCAAUUGUAUUGGAUAAUAAAGACCGUUUAUAAAUCUAAA